AUGCUGGCGGCACGCACAGGUACUGUGGGGAAUAAAAAUGCCGAGGAAGCCCUGAAGCUGAGGAAGCAGUCGGUGCUUUCCCUGGGGAGCAGAGAGAAAACCCUGAAGAGCUCCUCGGAAAGCGGGAAGGAGGGCCGAGCCCGGGCCGGCCAGCCGCAGCAGCGUGCCCGGCGGCUGGCUCUGCUGCGGGAGCUGGAGAUGAACUGGUACCUGCGGGUCUGCGAGCUCUCCCACGAGUACACCAUCGCCUACACCACCGGGAUGCCCCACAGAAACCUUGGAAAAUCUGGGCUGAGAGUCUCGUGCCUGGGCCUGGGGACGUGGGUCACUUUUGGAGGUCAGAUCUCAGACGAGGUGGCCGAGCAGCUGAUGACCAUUGCCUACGAGAGCGGCGUCAACCUGUUUGACACAGCCGAGGUGUACGCGGCCGGCAAGGCUGAGGUCAUCCUGGGAAACAUCCUGAAGAAGAAGGGCUGGAGGCGGUCCAGUCUGGUCAUAACAACAAAACUGUACUGGGGUGGAAAAGCUGAAACGGAAAGAGGGCUUUCGAGAAAACACAUCAUUGAAGGGCUAAAGGCUUCUCUCCAGAGGCUGCAGCUGGAGUACGUGGAUGUUGUCUUUGCAAACCGGCCAGACAAUAAUACCCCCAUGGAAGAAAUUGUCCGAGCGAUGACACAUGUAAUAAAUCAAGGCAUGGCGAUGUACUGGGGAACGUCACGCUGGAGCGCUAUGGAGAUCAUGGAAGCCUACUCUGUAGCCAGGCAGUUUAACAUGAUACCACCCGUUUGUGAACAAGCUGAGUACCACCUUUUCCAAAGAGAGAAAGUGGAGGUUCAGCUGCCAGAAUUAUAUCAUAAAAUAGGGGUUGGAGCAAUGACGUGGUCUCCACUAGCCUGUGGGAUCAUCUCAGGGAAAUAUGGCAACGGGGUCCCUGAAAGCUCAAGGGCUGCACUAAAGUGCUAUCAGUGGUUGAAAGAGAAAAUCAUAAGUGAGGAAGGCAGAAAGCAGCAGGUGAAGCUGAAAGACCUGUCGCCCAUCGCCGAGCGCCUCGGGUGCACGCUGCCUCAGCUGGCCGUCGCAUGGUGCCUGAGAAACGAGGGGGUGAGCUCUGUUCUUCUAGGAUCUUCCAACCCAGAGCAGCUGAUAGAGAACCUCGGAGCCAUACAGGUCCUUCCAAAGAUGACAUCCCAUAUCGUAAACGAAAUAGAUAAUAUUCUGGGAAAUAAGCCCUACAGCAAGAAGGACUACCGAUCAUAAUGCAAUGCAUGAAUUACCUGGACUGCAUGGUUUAAAAAGUGCUCUGUACAGAAGUACAGCCCCGAGUUACUAUCCGGUCAUGAGAAUCAUUCAGCAGCUUGCUGCUCGGUGUCUACUGUCACUGGAUCCUUCGAGAUGUGUGCUGUUGCUACUAAUCUGCAGUGAAAUUUAAAAGCACAGUUGAUCUCUCUUCUAAACAAGAAUAAUCUUGUAUUUUCUUACCUUCGACUGAAUUCAUUAAUUUUUACUUUACUCUUAGCACCUCAUGCUUGUGCUGUGAAAAACACUUGUAAAGCAAAAAAUAAUUUAUAACCUUCAGGUACUUGGUAAUCAAAGAAGGAUGUACAGAUCUAUUUUUUCAAUGAAGAAAAGCCAGAUACAACUUAAGGUUUUAAUAAAACCACAUUUGGGAAAUCUCAA